AUGCCGAAUUUUCCCACGCUCAGCUCGGUCAUAGAAUCUGUCUGCGACUUAAUACAAGACCUACCUGCCUCUGUGGCCAAGAAUCCUCCCAAAACCCGGACCAUACCAACUACCACGAUCGAAAAAUUACGCACGCUCGGUCGCGAGCUCAGUAGAACCCUCGCCGAAACCGACACCACACCUCUCCUGGCCCCGGCUCCCUCAGAGCUCUCUGCCAUCAAGGCACAACUAGACGAACUCACCCGCAAAGUCGACAACAUCACCACUCCCCCCAUCCCUAUCCGUACUUCGGGCCAGGAGCCCCCCCGCCCUGCGACUGCCAGCACAUCGCCGCGCGACGAUCACGUGACCCCGCCUCCGGCGCAACGCCGCGAUGCGUCUCUCGACAUUGUCGUCACGCCGAAAGUUGCUUCACCUCCGACGCUUCUCGAGGAAGCACCGAAGUCAAUUCUGAAGCGACUUAACGAUCGUAUCCGUCGUCAUCGCACCUUAAAGGACCUCUGCCAGUUAGAGGAUGGCUUCACUGCUCCAGUCUUUCGGGCUGUUAUGCCACAAGCUGAUGGAUCACUCCGUCUACUGGUCUGCACCCAAGCGCAGCGCUGCGUACUUGUCGCUCAGACCGAUUCAUGGCUGAAGCAAUGUUUACCCACCCAUCAAUUCUCGUACGGUCCUCGCCCACGAGCCACCAACCACUCGAAGCUCUACGUGCAGCCAAAUCCCACUCGUCCCUCGUCUUUCAUGUCACAUCCCCCGACAUCGCCGAACAACUCGUCGCUUCUCGUAUCUCAGUUGAUGGGGCUCUUCUUCGCACCGAACAUAUCAUUCUACGCCCAUCCAAGUGCUUCAAUUGCUUCCGUAUUGGCCAUAUUGCUGCCCACUGCCACCACCCAUCAGCCUGUGGUAUCUGUGCAGGGCCCCAUCGUACUCUUGAAGGGUGUUCAUGCCCCCACGACUCCGAACCCUGCACAGACUUCGACAAGUGCCCGCACAAGCGCCUCAAGUGUGCCACCCCAGGUUGUGGAGGACAGCACCACGCAAUGGACCCCAGAUGUCCAAUGA